GGCCAGGCUCGGGCGGGGAGCCUAUGAGAGCCGGGCGCCGGGGGGCGGGCCGCACAGCGGCGGCGGCUGCCGGGGGCGGCGGCGGCGGCGGCGGCGGCGGACUGGGGAGGCGGCGGCCUGGCUUGGCCUGGCCUGGCCUGUCAGGGCGCGGGCGGCGGCGGCUCCAGCACCAUGUCCCUGCAGUACGGGGCGGAGGAGACGCCCCUCGCCGGCAGUUACGGCGCGGCGGAUUCGUUCCCAAAGGAUUUCGGCUACGGCGUGGAGGAGGAGGAAGAGGAGGCGGCAGCCGCGGGCGGCGGGGUUGGGGCGGGGGCCGGAGGUGGCUGUGGCCCGGGGGGCGCUGACAGCUCCAAGCCGAGGAUUCUGCUCAUGGGCCUGCGGCGCAGCGGCAAGUCCUCCAUCCAGAAGGUGGUGUUUCAUAAAAUGUCACCCAAUGAGACCCUCUUUUUGGAAAGUACCAACAAGAUUUACAAAGAUGAUAUUUCUAAUAGCUCCUUUGUGAAUUUCCAAAUAUGGGAUUUUCCUGGGCAAAUGGACUUUUUUGACCCAACUUUUGACUACGAGAUGAUCUUCAGGGGAACGGGAGCGUUGAUAUACGUCAUUGAUGCACAGGAUGACUACAUGGAGGCUUUAACAAGACUUCACAUUACUGUUUCUAAAGCCUACAAAGUUAACCCAGACAUGAAUUUUGAGGUUUUUAUUCACAAAGUUGAUGGUCUGUCUGAUGAUCACAAAAUAGAAACACAGAGGGACAUUCAUCAAAGGGCCAAUGAUGACCUUGCAGAUGCUGGGCUAGAAAAACUCCACCUUAGCUUUUAUUUGACUAGUAUCUAUGACCAUUCAAUAUUUGAAGCCUUUAGUAAGGUGGUGCAGAAACUUAUCCCACAGCUACCGACCUUGGAAAACCUAUUAAAUAUCUUUAUAUCAAAUUCAGGUAUUGAAAAAGCUUUUCUCUUCGAUGUUGUCAGCAAAAUCUACAUUGCAACAGACAGUUCUCCUGUGGAUAUGCAGUCAUAUGAACUUUGCUGUGACAUGAUUGAUGUUGUAAUUGAUGUGUCUUGUAUAUAUGGGUUAAAGGAAGAUGGAAGUGGAAGUGCUUAUGACAAAGAGUCCAUGGCCAUCAUCAAGCUGAAUAACACAACUGUCCUGUAUUUAAAGGAGGUGACUAAAUUUUUGGCACUGGUUUGCAUCCUUAGGGAAGAAAGUUUUGAAAGGAAAGGUUUAAUAGACUAUAACUUCCAUUGUUUCCGAAAAGCUAUUCAUGAGGUUUUUGAGGUGGGUGUGACUUCUCACAGGAGCUGUAGUCACCAGACCAGUGCCCCCAGCCUGAAAGCGUUGACACACAACGGCACGCCACGAAACGCCAUCUAGCCUGGACGCCAGUGAUCGGGGCUCUGUGCCAGCUUAUUCUUCACUCCAGGGUCAGAUGCCACGUGCUGCAGGACAUGGGAGUUGCCGCUUGUGAGAACCUGGUGCCUGUCCCACUAGAGACAAGGGGUAGAGUUUCUCAUUUGGAUGCAAACACCUUCAGCCAGUGGUGUGCAACUGAAGCUACUGUUUCUUUAAAAAAAAAAAAAAGGCAAAAAAGAAUUCCAGAGACCACAGAAGUGUGUGUCUUUCUCCUCUUGGGGGCCCUACUUUAAGUAGUUGGGACAUCUUGGACCUGGAGAUAAUAGCCGUUAACCCGUCCUUACCAGGGGAUGUCGCCAUCAAAUACCAGUUGAAAAUAAUAGAACUGAAUUUUUAUAUGCUUCACUUAGAUUCUCAUUUGAGUAGUCUCUAAAAAUCCUGCCUCGCUUGAGUUCUAACACUGCCUCUCAGAUUUCAGUUUUGGACCUUACACACCUCAGACCUUCUAAACGCAUUUGCUUGCUAACUCAAGACACAUGGUCUGACUGCAGCAAAAAAGGACAUUCCUGUAUUUGUUUCUGAAGAAAUGAGAAAAUUUUAUGCUGCAUCAAGUCAAGAGCAAGUCUCCAACAGUGGCUGCUGCGUUCGUUCCUUCAGAAGUGUUGAGGAACAAACUUUGAGACAGAAGAUCUUUGCACCUGUGUUUUGGAUACCAGAUACCUGGGUUCCUUCCCUCACAUUUGAUAAAUGAUUCUGAUCACUGUUUGAAAAAAAGGGAAUUAAAAAAGUUGUUUUCCCCAUAAUCUCUUCCUCCUCUUAGGAGAAAAACUCAUCAUGUCAUUGAAAUAUUUAGCUCAUUUUUCUUUAAACUUGAUACCAGUCUCCACGUACCUUUUAUUCUAAGCUGUUGAGAUUCUUUUAAGAAUUGCUGUUUUGUUGCCCCUGAAUGACCCAAAGGCACUGGUGGACUGUCCACUGGGGGUUGAGAGCGUACGGCACCACGACAUGUGUCAUUAAACAUACUUCGUCUCCAGUGUUCCGACACCAAGUGUCAACUGUGGUACUUUCUUCACUUAGGAAAUUGAUUUAUAAUUGGUUGUUUUGUUGAAAGUUGAUACCCUUUCCAUUGACUUAAGCUUAUACAUUACUUUUACUCCACAUGCCCAGUUGUCGUAUAUUCCAAAGCCACUGGACCGCUUGAGUACAUAAGUACCACUGUUACAUGAAAUAUGUGUAUUCAGGUCUGUAAACCCAACUUUGUGACUUGGAGGGCUUCCUGCAGAUGAUUCCGACUGAUGAGUAUUUACAUGGACCAUAGUGAUAUCCAAAAGAAAAAUGCUUUUAUAUUUAUAGGUUAUUUCAUUGAACUAUAUAAAAUGGGUAUCAAUAAAUGUAUUUACUCCAGAA